AUGGUGCUGCGGUGGGGCAUCAAAUAUGUCUGCAGGUUGGCUGCAACAUGGUUUCCCCUCCUCGUCUCAUCACUGCUACUGCAAACGACCAGCCCUGUCUAUGCUGAUCCACCCUGCCCUCGGAGCUGCAGCUGCCCAGAUGUUAAGGAGGUCCACUGUACAUUCAGACAUCUCACCACCAUACCAAAAACCUUCCCUAAAGGCACAGAGAGGCUCAACCUGGGUUAUAACAGCCUGACGGAGGUGGAGGGGUCAGAACUCAGGUCACUACGGCAACUGGAAAUGCUCAUGUUGCACGGCAACGACAUUAGCACAGUCCAUCCAGGGGCGUUCUACAGCCUGAGGUCACUACAGAUCUUGAAGCUGAGUUACAACAAGCUAACGUCAGUGAAUCCUGGUCUGUUUGAGGGUCUUGCUGGUUUGGUCCGUCUCCACCUGGACCACAACCUUAUAGACUUUAUUGAGCCAUACUCCUUUUCUGGCCUUACCUCACUAAAACUUCUUCAGUUGGAGGGGAACCUUCUCAAAGAAAUCCACCCUCAUACCUUUAUUACAGUGUCAGUACUGGGGCGUUUCUGGACAUCCGGACUCAAACAUUUACACCUGUCAGACAACCUGCUGGAGCAGCUCCCUGCUGUAGCAUUAAAGACUGCUCAAAGGCUGGAGCUGCUCACGCUGCAUGGAAAUCCCUGGAGCUGUGAUUGCCAGCUCCGCUGGUUGCUGGAAUGGAGCGGUGCACAUGGAGGAGUAGUAAAAUGUAAAAAGGAACGUGGUGCUAUUGAGACGUGCCCUCAGUGCACCUUCCCUCAACAUCUGAAUGGUACCCGGUUGCUGGGCUUGACUGCAGACAAGCUUACCUGCGAACGACCAAUUCUUCGCUCCCCGCUCAAGCAGUGGGACAAUCCUGUGUGGGCUGAAUCAGAAGCAGAGCCUGACCUCCCAUACACCCGGGACUUAGAAAAACCUUUGGGCCACCUGACUUUUGUUCUCUCGGACAGCCAUGGAAACCACGCUCAGGUAGCAUGUGAUGUAAGCCACCCAGGAGACAGUUCACCUAUGACAUGGAGCAUUAAUCCACACUCACCUGGAGAGUUAUCUGUUAAUAUAUCCCUGGUGACAGUCUUGGAGUGUGAAAUCGAUCGGGAAACAUUGCAAAAUCUCUGGCAACUGGUUGCGUAUUAUUACCAAAGUCCUGCAAUUUUAGAAAGAGGGCAACAGAGGGGAAAUGCAAGCAGAGUGACCUAUCAGUAUUCCCAAGCAGUAAAUGAAAAUUCCCCAUAUUUUACAGAGUUAAAAGGGUAUUUGGCAGCAGAUCCUUCGUGGCUGCUUCAGCCCAGAGUCACAUUAAAGCUGAACAGGGAGCAGACAACAACAAAGAAACUUGUCAUGGAUUUUAGUACUUUGAUUACAGAAGACAUAAACAACCUUAGGGGGCGGGAAGAUGACAACAACUUAGCUUCUUCUUGGGCAUUAAUUCGUAGAGGGACAGCUGGGCGGGUUCAAUCUGCUCUUGAGGGUUCAAAGGUUUAUCUGGAGUGCAGCAUCAUUACUUCCAACCCAGAGUUGAAAGUGGAGUGGAUGCUACCAGAUUUAUCCACUGUAGAAGACACGAACAAUAAGGUAGAAAUUUCAGAUAGUGGACAACUUGUCAUUUUAAAUGCUUCACUGUCUGACUCGGGUCUUUACUACUGUAUCAUCAGAACUAAAGCUGGAGUGGACUUGAUGCCACUGAGACUCACCAUUAAAGAGCGUACCCUUGGUCCCACAGCUUUAAAUGGUCAGAAAAUUAUAAUGAGUAAGGGGAACUCUCUUUCUCUUCCUUGUGAUGUGACUUCGGUUCAGCCCAGUCAAACCAUGUGGUACCUGCCCAAAAACCAAGUUCUCCUCCCAACACAGCUCACCCGGCGGGCAGAAGUGAUGGAAAAUGGGACUUUGGUGUUAAGGAAGCUGCUACAAGAAGAUUCUGGUGAAUAUAGCUGCUUGGUGUCCAAUCUGUAUGGAGUUGACAUGCUGUCCCACAUGGUGGAAGUCACAGCAGAAAAGGCUUCAGAUAACUCUAAAGUGCAGACUGACAGACAGCAGCCAGUCUGGCCACUAGAUGUCGAGGAAGGAGAGGGUUCAGGGGGAGAUUUCCAGGAAAUUAAACGUCCUUUUGCUACACAGGUCCCUGAGAAGAUAGGAACACCACAAAGGAAGCCUAAUGGGUUUUUGAAAAGGAUGCGGAUAAAAGAUUCAAAGAGAAAACCCAAUAAAUCUGUAAAGGAACUAGAUCCAAAUCGUUGGGCUGAGAUAUUGGCUAAAGCUAAUGCUAAACCAAGCACGGUUCUGCCAACAGAGCAGUCGCUAGAAGAGCCAAGUACUGUAAGUGCAUCCAUCCCUGAACCAACAUUUGCCACUACAAUUAUCCCUACCACUACUAGCUUACCCCACAUUACCAUUCCCUCCUAUAUCAAGCCAACAAGGUUUCCCACAUACAAAGUCCCUGAGACAGCAGAAAAUCGGCUGCAAGUUAUACAGUCUCCUCCUGAAACCACAGAACCGUCACAGCAACAUGUUUAUGAGAUGACAAAUAAAGCAGAAACUGUUACAGACCCCACUGUUGUUGGAGCUAAUCAUUUGACCAAACAGCCAGAAGAAAGGGACCCUGGGGAGGGCAGAAGAAACUCAAAAUAUGUUCCCGGUUGGUCAAACAGGAGAAGGCCCCCCCAUAGACGGAGAAAACCCCCAAUGAGGAGAAUCCGUCCACCUGUAAACCACAAGCCCCCAAUAACUGUUCCCCCAACGACUACAACUACAACUACCACCACUACCACUACUACAACCCCUGCUCCAACCACAGAGGACUACUAUGAACCCUUAUCUGCAGAGUAUCAAAUAGAAGAAGAUGAUGAUGACUACCAUGAGGAAUAUGAUUCCAGAAAUAGCAACACUUUGAAAGUCAAGGAAGAUUUAGGCAAUGAACCUCCUCAUAAUACUCUUGGGAGCAGCAUUACUUCCUCUGUGUCAGUUACAGAAAGAGAUCCCAGUAUAGGUGGACCGAAUUUACCCAGUCCGGAAACGAUUGCCACUCCAAAGCUGGACAGUCCAAUUCUUCUGACGUCUGAAGACCCCGUAAACUUUGAGAAAACUGAGAUGAAAAAACAAACUGAAGAAAAUGGGAGAAACAAUAAAAGUGUUGUAGGAGAAAAUGAAAGGGAGGAUAUAAGAGCAAUGGAGGAGCAAGACAGGCCUAAACAGGCCAGUGAGGAAGACAAAGAAAAAUCAAAAGUAGAGCUGGUUACUCAGAGUUAUAGCUCCCAAGAUAACAUCCAAAUAAAAACGCAUAGCAGACCACGACCUAACGCUCGACCUACACCAAACUACGAAAGAUCUUCAUCCUCUAAAGUGUUUCCAAUAAGAGAAGAAAUCGUUCAGCGAGCGGAUAAAGUGAUGAAGAAGCCAGAUGAAAAGCCUGUAAACCACAGUUACCCCAUAGCAGAGCCACUUCACCCUUGGCUUCUCCAGACCAACCAGGGAAGAGAAGAAACUACAAAUUCCAGGAUUACACAGACUAACCAAGACAGAAUUAUAGGAAGACAGGGUGAAGUGAAUCCAGGCAGACAUUCCCAGCCUCCCAGAGUCCCUCCAACCCCCAGAUGGCCUUCACACCCCUAUCCUCACCACUACCCUUCCUGGCCAGGUCAAAGGUCAUUUCCUCACCCGAAGCAAGGUCCUGGUUCACACCCUGCAGCCACACAUCGACUAUGGUCUCUCCCCCACCCGUGGGCUCAUGGCUCAUUUGUUACCAACCGACCAGAGAUCACAGCUGAAACAGUAAAACCCACCCCUACUGUUCCUGGAACAGACAGCUCCAAGCUCGUACCACCUAAUAGCCGCCAUCAUAGACCGAAUCAGCAUGUCUACGGAACGACCCAAACGAGAGAUCACCUGUUUCUGUCGAGGCUGAGGAACAGAUACAGACAGGCACAGCUGGACCGCAUCGCACAGCUGGGGAGGAUAGUGACAUCCAAACCUCGCAUUAGCUACUACAACCCCAUCACACCUAAUCCCAACACUCCAUCUUUACACAGACUUUACAUCCCCAAACCACCAGCACCCACUGCUCCUCACUCCUACUUCCUGCAGCCAUCAAAUCCUGAGAAACCUCCCUCAUCCAGAUUCAUCCCAACCCCUCUUCCUCACCUCUCCACCGCCUCUCUGGCUCCAUAUGGAGGUGGGUGGCCUGUGGGAGGACGACUCAGCUCUCAGCAUCCUACAGCUGCUCCUCCGUACCCGUGGCUGUUGGGGGCUUCAGGUGGUGGGGUGAAAGCCCGAAUCACCACAGUUACAACAGCGAGUGUGUCUGUGCUGGCAGAGAAUGAUGUAUUUUUGCCCUGCAGAGCAUCUGGAAACCCUGAACCCAGCAUUGCAUGGACCAAAGUCUCCACAGGUGCCACCAUCCCAGCCAACACCAAGCUUGGUCCUCGUUUUGAGGUCUUCAGAAAUGGAACUUUUGUUAUUAGAAAUAUCCAGCUUCAGGAUCGAGGGCAGUACCUCUGCACAGCCCAGAACCAGUUUGGAUCAGACCGGAUGGUCAUCACCUUAGCUGUGCAGACCGAAGCCCCCAAAAUACAGCCACCUCGGUCCACUGAAAUAGCCAUCUACUUAGGGAAAAGUGUAACUUUUGACUGCCUCGCCUCUGGAAAACCACCAGCCCAGAUUUCCUGGAUUCUCCCAGACAGGACGUUUGUUCGAGAAGGCGGGACGGUUCACACUCUCCUUUCUCCGAUGUCUCUGCUUCCAAAUGGAACUCUGCAAAUUCAUUUGGCUAAUUUCUCCAGUAAAGGAGACUAUAAAUGCAUCGCGAGCAAUGCAGCAGGUGCAGAUACAAUCACUUACCACCUCCACGUAGCAGCACUGCCUCCAAGCAUAAGUGAAGAAGUGACGGAUACAGUGAUCAUCCAACCAGGCAGGAGUGUGUAUGUUCACUGCUCUGUGAAGGGAGAACCGGUGCCGGCUCUGAAAUGGACGCUCCCGGAAGGAAUCCAUGUUAAACCAUCUCAGUUUAUUGGACACAGGCUGUUUGUCUUCCCCAAUGGCACGCUCUUUGUGAAAAAUGUUUCGCCAUCUGAUGGUGGGAGGUAUGAGUGCUUGGCCACCAACACAGUGGGAAUGGCCAAAAGAACCGUCCACUUGGAGGUGAGAGCAGAUUCUUCCAUUUUGUCCCACCGGCCUCCUCCUCCUCCUCUUCCCAUCCCUCCAACCCACCACCAUGGUACUCUGUCUCGCCAACAUUUUGUCUCAGCCAUGUAUGGAUCUGCUGUUUACCUCCACUGUCCAGAGUCCUCUGGCUCCUCAAGAGGGACUGUCUGGCAGCUGCCCUCCAAGGCCAUCCUUGAGCAUCGAUACAGUCCAGAGAGACCGAUUAAAGUUUUCCGUAAUGGAACUCUAAGGAUUCUACAGCUAACGGAGCUGGAUGGAGGAAAUUAUCAGUGUGUCUUUCAGCGGCCCAAUGGAGAGGAAAUGGAGCUCUUCCAGGUGGAAGUGUUGAUGACCCCCCCUAGAAUUGAACAUGUGAGGACUGCACAGACCAGGGUUACCUUUGGAGAAAAUUUCCAGGUGGACUGUGUUGCAACCGGACUCCCAGACCCAGAGGUUUCCUGGAGUCUACCAGAUGGAACUUUAAUCAACAAUGCUCUUCAGUCAGAUGACAGCGGCCUUCGCAAUCGUCGCUACGUUAUGUUUGGGAAUGGAACAUUACUCCUCCAGCAGAUAGGCAAAAAAGAUGAGGGUGACUACACUUGCCAUGCGAAGAACAAACUGGGCAAAGAUGAACGAAAAGUGAGAGUAAAAGUUGGACCGAAUGCUCCACAAAUCAUAUCAAAAUCUCAAUCAAAGAUUACAGUAAGACUGGGGGAGUCAGCUAAACUGAGUUGUGAGGCAAAGGGGGAACCUCCACCAAGAAUCACAUGGAUCUCACCCCGAAAUGAUGUGAUACCAACAUCAUCGGACAAAUUUAAGAUUAUGGAUGAUGGGAUGUUAGUUGUUAAUAAGGUGACGCUGGCCAAUGAAGGCAAAUACACAUGUGUGGCACGAAAUUCUGCAGGUGAUGAUAUUAAAAACACGAUAAUCGAAGUUGGGAUCCAGGAACCUUUUAUCAACGGUAUGAAAGGAAAGAGUACCACUAAACAUUUGGGUAUUUCCUACCAGACAGCACUUCUGGACUGCAGAGUGGAAGGAAAGCCUGAACCAAAAGUCUGGUGGCUAACUCCCUCUGGCCACUUGCUCACAACACCCUACCUCGGAGGCCGCGUCCAAGUCCAUCAUAAUGGAAGCUUGGAGCUAAGGGGAGUGAGGAAGACGGAUGAAGGAAAGUACACUUGUCUAGCUAAAAACCACCUAGGUGAAGCCAUGCUUUCUGUUGAAUUAGAAGUGGCAUCGCUGGCUGAGAAACCCAGCUUUGCUGUUCCCAAUAUUGAAAUCUUACCUAUAAAGCAAGAUGGCGGUGAGCUGAUCCUGGAAUGCUCUGCUCGCGGGAAGCCAAACCCAGAGUUUUCCUGGGUGCUGCCCAAUGGGACAAUGCUAACGCCUGGUCUUAGACUCCAACGCUUCACCCACCAUUUUGUUAACGGAACUCUACGGAUCUCGCAACCAGUUGCAAGUGAUAAGGGAGUUUACCGGUGUCUGGCAAAAAAUGUGGCAGGACAAGCAGAGAAGCGUUACGCCCUGGAGGCUGGAAGGAAGCCCGUCAUCAGAGGAUCUACAGGUGGGAUGAAGAUUACUUACGGCCUAAAUCUCAACCUACCCUGUGUUGUGGAAGGCUGGCCGCAGGCAUCAAUCACAUGGACCUUACCCAACGGUGUUGUUUUAAACAAACCUCAGACCAUUGGCCGAAUAUCUCUCCACACCAACGGGACCUUGCAGCUCAGACAGGUUGCCACUUUUGACAAAGGAACAUACAUCUGUAAGGCCUCCAACUCCUUCGGUUCAUCACUUCUUUCCUACCCAGUCACAGUGAUGGUUUUUCCUCCGCGUAUCACCAGUACAAUGAUGUCCAUCACCAGAGUCAUCCGGGGAACACCGGUGAUGUUACAGUGUGUCGCGACCGGUAUUCCCAAGCCGGAUAUUUCAUGGACGUUACCCGGACGCACCACGCUACUUCCACACAACCAAUACACAGCGCAGGGAGGAAUGCAUUUGACAGAGGAGGGAAGUCUGGUCAUACAAAAUCCUGUGCUCACAAACUCUGGUAUUUACAAAUGCAACGCUAAAAAUGCUCUUGGGACAGAUUUCAAAUCAACAUACCUGCAAGUUGUUUGAGCAACAGGUGCAUUUGUGAGAAUUUCACAGCAGACUUUGGAUGAAGAUUUUCCUAUUCAGAUUUUUUUUCUGGCCUGUAAGAGGAGGAUGCUCUGCUGGCAGACUUAAAGCUGCCUAACCUGCAGCUUGGCUUCUGAUAGUUUCAGUUGUUUUAUUUUUACUGCCAUUUGAACUUUAACUGCAUUUUCAUAUUCUCAUCAUAGUCUCACCUUCUGUAAGUAAAAUUACUUCAGGUACUGGGACUGAUGAGUCUAAAUCUGGUCUGUACCAGUUAUUUGCAUAUUGUUGAAUUUGUUUAAUAAGAAUUAUAAAUGACAAUGAUUUCACCUUUCUUAAAGUUUUUUUCUUUCACAGCAUGAAACCAAAAGUAGAAAACACCUGUGGCAUUUUCCCUGAUGAUUUUACAGCAAAUAAUCCAGUUCAGUGUUGCAACUUCAUCCAAGGGGCGGAGCUAGAGGGGUGGUCAGGGUGGCACUAGCCACCUCUGAAAUCUGAUUGGACACCCCUGGUGCCAACUGGAGGUAAUUAACAGGUCACUGGAGGAGGAGGACAGAAACCUCUUUUCACACAAACAUGGAUCAGCAAUAUUACUACUGGCAUCUAAAGUGGUUUCUUAGUUAUUCAUCCUUUAAAAACAUUGGCAGCUGGUUGCACCUUUAGAGGAGAUUUUGUCCCUGUGCAAGUACAACUACUAAUGUUAUUUAUUACAACCCCUACGGAGUCCAGGGGAAAAGGGGUGGCAACACAAACUAUCGGAGACAGUUACGUACAAUGAAAGCAAAUUUAUUUUACAGAUCUAUACAUAAAUAACAAAGGAAUCCCUCUAUUCACUAAGGAAACUAAAAGGCAUUCGACUAUCCUAUUACUAAUCUCUGCACAAAAGUAAUCAACAUAAAUCGUCCUGUGACAGGAGAAAAAAGCUCCCAACGGCAGUUAGCAACAACAAAGAACACAAAAAGACAAAGAUCUGUAAUUCUACAGCAAACAAGCUCCAAGAAAGCAAAACCCAGUCCUCAGUGGCAAACUGAGCUGUAUUCACACUCAGUUCUCAUCCACAAUGGCAAACUGUGUCCCAAUCUGACACAGCUGCCCAGAGGGAAGGUGAUCAGGUGCUUAUGAAGCAAGGAGUCUUCAUGACUGGCCAAUCACAGAGCAGACAGAGCUGCCAGCAACUAAUCCUGGAGACGGAGGGCGGAGCCGCAGGCACAGGAACAGCGGCCAACCACUUGUAAGCGCUGGCACAGUCCACUUACAUAACGGCCCAACAAGCCAACAUUACAACACUUUAUUAAUCCCCAAGGGGGCAAUUAAAAGGCAUAAAGAGAGCAUCGCAAUGCACACAGAAUAUUAGACUUUCACACAAACAUAACAACAUGAAAAUAAUCAAGUGGAUCCAACAGCUUCUUUUCAACGUCUUCACAAUAGCCCAAUCAUUUCAGUCAGCUGUGUUAGAUCAGGGAAACAAUGAAAACCUGCAGGAUACCGGCCCUCAAGGACAGGAGUUUGACACCCCUGGUGUAAGGCUCAACCUGAUGUUAGCACGAAGCUACAUAGCAGCACUAGAUCAGGUAUAAGCUUAGGUGGAGAAAAGGAGGCUAGCAAGGCUGCUAGUUGAUUUUAAAGUAGCCAGCAUGAAAAUGUGGAGGAAUAUAGGUCCUAGGACCUGUCUGACUUUGUAUAGGAAGAUAUUAGACUGAAGACAGAGAGAGAGAUAUUUCUUCUUCUUUUUUUUCAAGAGAAUGAACACAGAUUAGACCAAAACAGUCUGAAGCCAUCGAUCCUCCUUCUACCACAUCAAGCUCCAAAAACAAACAUAACGUUCUAUGAAUGUUUUUUAACUUGUUGGAAAUAUUAUAUUUUUAGAUUUCUCAUGUCUCUCUAAUGUGACCAGUUAUCACAGCAGUGGACAUGAGUCUGUGUUAGAAAGAAGAACACAGUCAUUUCCUUUCUUAAUAUAAAACCCACCUGAUAAAGUCUUUCCCACCCUCUGCCCCCAUGUGUAAAAGUCUAGCUCCACCACUGCUUCACCCCUGGUCAGAUGUUAGAAUUCCUACAUGCUCACAUUAUGACGUGAAUUUUCAGGGUAUCUUCGAAGUUAAGAUGCAGUUAUGAUUUACAUUAUCUAUCCAUAUCAUUUAUUCAUGCUCAUAAUGGUGGGAUGAAAUGGUUGAUUGUAGGUAGGUUGUGUACUUUUAACAAUGCACAUAUUUAAGUAUGUAAUUUAUAAAUACAUAAAAUAUAUAGGACUGUAUUUUUUCCCUUUCUCAUUGGUGUAUUUUUUGCUAGAUAAAAAUAUGCAUUAACCAGCCACUUUAUCAGGUCCACUUUGCUGGUAUCACGUUGGACCUUCUUUUACCUUCAGAACUGCCUUCAUUCUUGGUGGUACAGAUUCAACAAGACUUUCCACAUGUUUAUUGAUCCUACAGGUUACCUUAAAUGUUAAACCCUGUACAGUUUUCAGACGUUAAUGAGCUCAUUUCUCAUUCAUUUGGGUUGUAGCUACAUUAUGCAAAUUAACCCUUCAAUGCCGUAUCUUUCAGAGACAUUUUGCAUCACUUUAUGGUAAAAACUUAGCUCAAAACCCUGUUGUAGACAAUCUGAUACUUGUCUUCUGACCCCUGGUGGGCACCUUUUGCACUGCAAUAAUUUUGACAUCACAUGGUAAUAAGCAGCAAGUACUCAAAAAUAAUGUUAAUUAUUUUUUCUAAUUUUUUUAAAGUGACAAAUAAAGACUUGA